CAGAUUGACUUCGUGUCUGCAGAGAACAACAGUGAUAGUUAUGAACACAGAGGAGAACAGAGCAGAGUCUUCGUCACCCAGCUGUUCUCCUGAAGGCUUCAGUAAAGAUCCUGGACCCUCAGAGCAAAGAUGGGCUUCAGGCUGGAACACACAGAGGAACAUCUGGAGGAACACAGAGGAGAACAGAGCAGAGUCUCCAUCACCCAGCUGUGUUUCUAUGAAGAGUGACUGGUCCAAAGGUGUUCCUCCUGUAUUCAGUAAUGAUCCUGGAGCAGCAGAUCCAAGAUGGGCUUCAGGCUGGAACACACAGAGGAACAUCUGGAGGAACACAGAGGAGAACAGAGCAGAGUCUCCAUCACCCAGCUGUGUUUCUAUGAAGAGUGACUGGUCCAAAGGUGUUCCUCCUGUAUUCAGUAAUGAUCCUGGAGCAGCAGAUCCAAGAUGGGCUUCAGGCUGGAACACACAGAGGAACAUCUGGAGGAACACAGAGGAGAACAGAGCAGAGUCUCCAUCACCCAGCUGUGUUUCUAUGAAGAGUGACUGGUCCAAAGGUGUUCCUCCUGUAUUCAGUAAUGAUCCUGGAGCAGCAGAUCCAAGAUGGGCUUCAGGCUGGAACACACAGAGGAACAUCUGGAGGAACACAGAGGAGAACAGAGCAGAGUCUCCAUCACCCAGCUGUGUUUCUAUGAAGAGUGACUGGUCCAAAGGUGUUCCUCCUGUAUUCAGUAAUGAUCCUGGAGCAGCAGAUUCAAGACGGAGGAAGAGGAAAAGUGUUAGUGAAGAGGAGCAGCCGUCCUGCUGUGCUCUGUGUCAAAACCUGCUGAUGGAUCCUGUCUCUACCAGCUGUGGACACUGGUUCUGCAGACAGUGCAUUGGGUCUCACUGGGCCCAGUCUACUUCAUCAGAACCCUCCUCCUGCCCCCAGUGUGGAAAAAGACCUAGAACUGGAGAUGGAUCUCUGACAGCCAAUCAGAGCAGCUUUGCAACAGCAGAUGUUGGUCUGCAGGAGGUUCUAGAUGAACAUAAGAUCAGUCUGAGGAGGAGAUGUGAAUGUGUGACUGAAGGAAGCGAUCAAACAGGAAGUAGAACCCUCCUCAACAGGAUCUACACUGAUCUCUACAUCACAGAGGGACAGAGUGAAGAGUUUAAUACCCAACAUGAGGUGAAGCAGCUGGAGAGAGCUUCAAUGAUCCAGAACCUCCAUGAUUCUCCAAUCAGGUGCCACGACAUCUUCAAAGCCUUCCCUGACCAACAUGGAGCCAUCAGAGUGGUUCUGACCAACGGCGUCGCUGGUGUUGGAAAAACCUUCUCAGUGCAGAAGUUCACUCUGGACUGGGCAGAGGGCUUGGAGAACCAAGAUGUCAGUGUGGUGGUUCUGCUUUCCUUCAGGGAGCUGAACCUGAUCAGAGAUCAGCAGCACAGUCUUCUCACGCUGCUCCAUGUUUUCCAUCCAACCCUCCAGAAGCUCCCAGCAGAGAAUCUGGCUGAUUUGAAGCUUCUCUUCAUCUUUGACGGCCUGGAUGAAAGCAGACUUUCUCUGGACUUCAACAACAGUCCGCUUGUUUCUGACGUCACACAGAAGUCAUCAGUCAACGUUCUGCUGAUGAACCUCAUCAAGGGGAACCUGCUUCCCUCGGCUCUGGUCUGGAUAACUUCCAGACCUGCAGCGGCCAAUCAGAUCCCUCCUUCCUGUGUUUCCAGGGUAACAGAAGUACGAGGCUUCACUGACGCCCAGAAGGAGGAGUACUUCAGGAGGAGGUUCAGCGAUGAAGAGAUGUCCAGCAGGAUCAUCUCCCACAUCAAGACCUCCAGGAGCCUCCACAUCAUGUGUGGGAUCCCAGUGUUCUGCUGGAUCACUGCUACGGUUCUGGAGAACCUGUUGACCACAGAGCACAGAGGAGAGCUGCCCAAGACCAUGACUGACAUGUAUUUACACUUCCUGCUGGUCCAGACCAGGAGGAAGAAGAAGUACCAUGAAGGACAUGAGACGAAUCCAGAGGAGCUGAUGGAGGCUGACAGGGAAGUCCUCCUGAAGCUGGGGAGGCUGGCCUUUGAACAUCUGGAGAAAGGAGACAUCAUGUUCUACCAAGAAGACCUGGAGCAGUGUGGUCUGGAUGUCACAGAGGCCUCGGUGUACUCAGGCGUUUGUACAGAGAUCUUCAAAAGAGAGAACUUGAUCUUCCAGAAACCAGUCUACUGCAUUGUUCAUCUGAGCAUCCAGGAGUUUCUGGCUGCAAUCUACAUGCUCCACUGUUUCACUAGCAGGAACACAGAGGUGGUGGAGAACUUUCUGGAAAAAAAAUAUAGUGAAACAUCAAUGAUGGACUUCAUGAAAAAAGCCUUAGAGAAAUCCCUCAGAAGUAAAAAUGGCCACCUGGACCUGUUUGUUCGCUUCCUUCAUGGCCUCUGUGUGGAGUCCAACCAGAAACUCCUGGGAGGCCUGCUGGGUCAGAUAGAGAACAGUCCACAAACCAUCCAGGAGAUAAUCAACAAUCUUAAGAGGAAAAGAACCCAGCCAACUCCUGAUGGACACAUCAACAUCUUCCAGUGUCUGAUGGAGAUGAAGGACCUCUCACUUUAUCAGGAGAUCCAACAAUUCCUGAAAUCAGAGAAAAGAUCAGAGAAGCUCUCUUUGUCCCAGUGUUCAGCUCUGGCCUGCAUGCUGCAGAUGUCAGAGGAGGUUCUGGAUGAGUUCAACCUGAAGGAGUACAAGACAACAGCAGCAGGACGACGUAGACUGAUUCCAGCUGUGAGGAACUGCAGAAAGGCUCGACUUGGUGGCUGUUCUCUCACUAAGACUGACUGUGAAAUCGUGGCCUCAGUUCUGAAGUCCAACCUUCAUCUGACUGAAGUGAUAAUAGAUGAGAUCAGUGGAUGGAAAACCUUUGGAGACUCUGGAAUGAAGCAUCUGUGUGAGAUUCUGGAGAGUUCAAUCUGCAAAGUGAAGAAACUGAGGUGAGUUUUCUCUGUUUAUUCAAACGUCAUCAUUCA